UGCACAGUCAUGGCUACCAGUUUCCCAAUUCUUCGUCUCCCUAGCAAAUCAAUUCAAGAUGUUAUCCAACAUAUGCCACUUGGCGAUCAACUAGCCAUCUCGUUAUGCUCUAAACCAUCAAAAUCUGCCGUUACCCGUCUAAACCAUGAUCCUCUAUACAUUAGCAUCGAUGUGUCUGAUUCAAUUCGCCUAAUUGUAGACUUUCAACGUGCAGAUUUGAACAUGCAGGCUUCUCUGACUUUUUACAAGAACACGGUCGGCCAAUGGAACCUGCAAUCUUGCACUACAGCAAUCGCUGCCGAAACUGAAGUCGUUUGGGAAAUGACUGGAUUUCGGUUUCGAGAUUGGGUGGAGCACGUUUUGGAGGUAUUCAAGUGCUCGAGGAUUCACACAGUUUCAGUUUAUAGAACAAUGAAUGAAGGGAAUUGCAUAAAUGCUUCCAAAGUCAUAAAGGAGUUCAGAGUGAAGACAAUCAGAUUGGCCGCAUGCUCGAGAAGUCUUGAGGAAAAGAUUGUUACUAAUAUUCAAUGCAAUGAUGCAUUGUUUGUUUCUGAACCUAGCCGGAAUGCCCCUAUGCCUGCCCAUGAAGUACUUCUUCAGAAUUUCAAAUCGGCCUCGUUUGCAUCUAUUAGUCCUGGAUUCCAGCUCACUUUGAAUGAUCUACUCAUCAUAAACAGCUCGUUACCGAAACUCAUCAGCUGUCAAAUUUCUUCCAAAGACUUGAAUAUUUACAUCAAACAUUUGAUCAAUGGAUCCCAUCAAAUGCUGGAAAAUAUUCAAUUAAUCCAAAUUGGCGGCACACCUUGGAACAAGAAGAUUGCCAUGAAGGAUGUUCCUUUUAUUGUGUACUCGCCGCAGUUUGAACACGUGAUUCGAGGAGGUGAUUGGGAAAAUGAGAAUUAUUUUCUGGCGACGCGGAACAAUGGAAAAAGCCUUGGUCUGGUCUGGACGUUUGUUGAAGAAAGUUGUCAUAUUGUAAUUCUUGGUAGAUAAUGUUUUUGAAUAAAUUGUUUAUUGAUCCAA